AUGAAAGGUGGUGUAUUCUUACGCCUCAGGCGCCGCGUGGCCAAACACGCUCAGAGAGCUCUUCCGAUAUAUGUCUUUUGCUGUGGACUCUUUAUUUUGUUCAUCUCUCAAAUUAGUCCCCCUCAAACACCCUCAGAAUCUGCCGAAUUGGUGAAAAGGACCUCUUACUCCUCCCAACCGACUCUGGCACUUGGAGCCUUUCCCAGGAAGAUCUGGCAGUCAUGGAAAGUGGGCCCAUUGGGUUUCGAGGAGAAACACCAGAUAUGUGCCAGGUCAUGGGCCCUCAAGAAUCCAGGUUACCGCUACGAGGUCUUGACCGAUAGCAACGACCUUCAAUACGUGGAAACACAUUUCGGUCCAGACGGACUCGACCGACCGGAUAUUGUCAAUGUCUAUCAAUCUCUCACUGCGAAGAUCAUCAAGGCGGAUCUGUUACGCUACCUGGUCAUGUACGUAGAAGGAGGAGUCUACGUCGAUAUCGACGUGGAAGCGCUAAAGCCGAUCGAGAGAUUUAUCCCCGUUACGGACCGAUUCCAGGAACAAGAUAUCGAUAUGAUUAUCGGAGUCGAAAUUGACCAGCCCGAUUUUGCGAGACAUCCAAUCCUUGGUCCGAAAUCACAGUCAUUUUGUCAAUGGACAUUCUUGUGCAAACCGAAGCUCCCUGUGAUGCUCCGUCUCAUAGACAAUAUCAUUGACUGGCUCCACGAGAUUGCAGACAAGCAAAAUGUGCCUAUCUCAGAUAUCAAUCUAAAUUUUGACGAUGUGAUUAGUGGCACUGGACCUUCAGCUUUUACUCAGGCGAUCCUGACUGAGAUGUCGAUACGGGAGAAAAAAGAUAUAAGUUGGGACUACUUUCACAAUAUGGACGAGUCCCGGAUUGUUGGCGGGAUACUGGUUCUUACCGUUGAAGCGUUUGCGGCUGGACAAGGCCAUUCGGACUCAGGAACCCACAACUCCAGAAAUGCACUCGUCAAGCAUCAUUAUCAUGCGUCUGGAUGGCCAAAUACACACCCGCGGUACAAGCAUCCUGUUUAUGGUGAAGUGGAAGCGUGCAAUUGGGAGCCAGAGUGUGUCAAGCUCUGGGACUUCAGUAAAGCUGUCUUCGAGGCAAUGUCUCCGGAGGAGCAGGCCAGACUGAUCGCAGAGAAAGAAGCUGGUGAUGGACAACCAGAUCCCUAUCCUGUCGAUCAGCUCGAGCACUUUGGGCUUGAAGCUCGACAUCUGAAAGAGACACCAACCGACCCAUCUACUGACCCCGUGACCAGUUUCAGUGCCAGCCCAACCAUGGUACAUCAUAGAGCGCUCAGACCGUUUGUGGCACUCGCUUCUCAGGUCGCUUCCCAGCUGGCGCCGAGCAUCUCAGUCGUUGCAGUAAAGCAGGUCGCAUCUAUUCCCAAGUUUUCUACUGUUUACUCGAAACCAGAACCGACAGUCAGCAAUGGUCAGGACAAAUAG